AUGGCACACAAUGGAUCAGUUUCGUCCUUGGGAAAGCUAGAAGGCAAAGUUGCAAUUGUCACUGGUGGUGCAAGCGGCAUCGGGGAGGCGACUGCUCAUGCUUUUGCUGAUCAUGGGGCACGGGCAGUUGUAAUCAUUGACCUUCAAGAUGAGAAAGGUCAAAUCGUGGCCGAAUCCAUUGGCCUAGAGAGGUGCAGCUAUCUGCACUGUGACGUUAGCGAUGAAGAACAAGUGAAAAACGUGGUUGAUUGGACGGUGCAAAAAUAUGGACAACUCGAUAUCAUGUUCAGCAAUGCAGGAAUAACAAGUAAAGGUGAACAAACAAUACUCGAUCUUGACUUCUCGGGGUUUGAUAAUCUGUUUAAAGUCAACGUCCGUGGUAUGGCUAUCUGCGUGAAGCACGCUGCACGUGCGAUGGUGGAGAAGAAUGUGAGGGGGACCAUUGUCUGCACGUCGAGUGCGGUGGCCAAUAACUGUAGAGGGUCGGUAAAUGUGACAGACUACACCAUGUCCAAGAAUGCUGUCGUGGGUCUUGUCCGAACUGCUGGCCAACAACUUGGUGUGCAUGGAAUUAGGGUUAACUGUGUAUCUCCAUCGAUGACCUUAACUCCACUUUCAGCAAGCAUAGGCAUCACAAGUCAAGAGGUAAUUCAAAAAGUCUUUGGGCCAUUCACUAGCUUGAAAGGAGUUGUACUGACAGUUAAACAUCUAGCUGAUGCUGUUAUAUUCCUUACCUCUGAAGAUUCUGCAUUUAUUACCGGCCAUGACUUGGUGGUAGAUGGUGGGUUGAUCAGUAUUCCUCACAUGAUCUUACCUCAAAAUUAA